UUCUUGCCACCCCAUAUCUUCUUCCAUUUUCCAACCUAGGCUCCAACGUCUUCUCUCUCUCUCUCUCAUCAAAACCAAAAAAAACCCAAAACUCAUGCCGAAAUCACUCUCUCUGACGCGCGUUGCUCUCUCUCUGCUUUUUUUGUCGUUCGGUUUUAUUUUUUUGUUUAGAAAGUAAUAUUUGUUUUAUUGUUUUGGAUAAGUCAUGAAUAUAUAAAUAUAUGUAUAGUCCGAGGCAUGGGGCGUGCGUGGGUGCGAUGUCGACGCUAUACAUUACAUGUUUUCCAUCGCUGUUUUAGGAGGUUGAGAGGAAAUUAACAUCCUCGAUCGGGGUUUCGCCGGCUGGCUUAAAGGUGGUACGUACGUGCGUACGAUGUUUCAGGACGUGGUUCAUCCAGUACCAGAGCAGCAGCUUCCCGGCCUCGAUGAGAUUUCGAGCCCCCUCAGUGCUCAAAUUUUUGAUUUUGCAGACCUAGAACUUUUCCAUGAUCAGACCAUACAGAAUUCUGAGGGUACUUCUAGCUCGAACUGCUGUUAUGAAGAGAACUCUUCCUAUGCCACUAAUCUUUCCUUACCAACAGAUGCAGACAAUAAGUUCAACAGCUACGAUGACAACAAUGGAAAUCCUAACACAACCUCCAACCCUGCCACCAACACCAUCACUAGUACCACCACAGCCACCAUCACUCUCAACAAUAGUAGCAAUCUGUCUGUAAUCUUUGAUUCCCAGGAGGAAAUUGACAAUGAAAUAAGUGCCUCCAUCGAUUUUUCUGCAACGCCUUCCUUCUCUGUUUCACCGUUUCUCUCAAUUCAACACGAGCAGUUCGAUUUCUCUUCAGUGCAGCCUCAGAUUCCUAUAUCAGAUGUUGAUGUUGAGGGGCUUUCACAGUACCCUGCUGACCCAAUUGCACCUCUACUGGGGGCUUCCUUACCGGCUCAUGUUUUCAAAGAGGAUUGUUUGUCCUCAGUGCCAUCUUAUGUGCCUUUGAACCCUUCAUCUCCUUCUUGUUCUUUUCUUGGCCCUGCCUUAGGAACAUACAUGCCUGCCGGGUCCAUGAAUGCUGCUGCAUUAUCCGCUGACAGUUCUGGGAUUUUCGGCGGAAGCAUCCUCAUGGGUUCUGAGCUGAAACCACAAGAACUGGAUUGCCAGGGUGACAAUGGUGGAAUUUACUAUCCAGAUUCCAUGCAGCGGGUUUUCAACCCUGGAGACCUUCAGGCACUCAGCGCAGAGAGUCAGCGAUUGGUAGGUAAGGCUGGAAGCUCUAGUACUCCAUUGGCAUCGGAGAUUUCAAGUUUGGAAGAUUCAACUUACAAAGUAGGAAAACUCUCCGUCGAGCAGAGGAAAGAGAAGAUCCAUAGGUACCUGAAGAAGAGGAAUGAGAGGAACUUCAGCAAGAAAAUAAAGUAUGCCUGCCGCAAGACACUAGCAGACAGCCGACCCCGAGUCAGAGGAAGGUUUGCAAAGAAUGAUGACUUUGGGGAAGCUAACAGGCUUGCUUGCAGCAAUCAUGAAGAGGAUGAUGAGGAUGAAGUAGUAGUUGUGAAGGACGAAGAUGAUCAUCUGGUUGAUUCUUCAGAUAUCUUCACUCAUAUAAGUGGAGUGAACUCCUUCAAAUGCAACUAUCCAAUUCAAUCCUGGAUAUGACAGAUAGGUUUUGGGAUAUCAAAUAUUUUUACAAUUUUGCAGGACCCUGAUCUUUUGGCCUGGAUGCAUCUAUCUAUCCAGUUCAUUUAGGAUACUAAAAAAAAAUAAAAAAUAACUGGGUCAUUAUAUAUUUAUAGAAUAUAUGGAGGAGUCAGGAUCAUAUAAAGCAAAUAACAAAGUAGUUUUUUUGGGGUACAUACCAUAUUCCUCUUGUUGUACUAACAACUUCAAAACCCAAAAGUUGUGCAAUUCCAGAUGGCAAACCUGAUUUCUGGAAAUGGUACUAAAGAGAGCAAGUUUAAGUGUGUAUGUAUUAAGCUUCUGGACUCUGUGCAUCUAAACCCCAUAUUCAUGACAAGGUUGUUCUUUUUUCCA